AUGGACUUAGAUGGAGAAGAUACCAGUAAUAAUUUGGUAGUAGUUGCUGGAGGUAGUGAAGAAGCAUUUGAUAAUGAAGUAUUUGAUAGAGAGAUAGUUGAUGAAGAAAUGUUUAAAAUGGUUGAUGAAAGGAUGCUUAAAAAAAUUAAUAAAAUGGUUGAUGAUAAAGGGUGGAUUGAUUAA